AUGCCGCCGACGGUGCCACAGACUCCUCACAAGGAUGACCUAACAGAAACAUGGUCGUUCUUGGAGGCGGGUAUUAACAGCGUCAUGCUGAAGCUGGAGGAUGGAGUUGACAUGAAGACUUACAUGGCUCUUUACACGGCCGUCCACAACUUUUGCACGUCACAAAAGGCUGUUGCCAGUAACCAAGGAUUGCAGGCUCACCGCGGUGCACACCUGCUCGGUGAGGAACUUUACAAGCUACUAGGUGAAUAUCUAUCACGCCAUCUGAGCGCAGUGCACAAGGAAUCGCAGGGUCACACAGAAGAAGCCCUACUGGGAUUUUACAUUCGCGAGUGGAGCCGUUACACCACUGCCGCAAAAUACGUCAACCACCUCUUCAGCUACCUCAACCGCCACUGGGUGAAGCGCGAGAUUGACGAGGGUAAGAAGAAUGUUUAUGAUGUCUACACUCUGCACCUGGUGAAGUGGAAAGAUGACUUCUUCGAGAACGUUCACGGCAAGGUGAUGGACGCGGUGCUGAACUUGAUCGAAAAGCAACGAAAUGGUGAAACUAUCGAGCAGUCGCAGAUCAAGAGUAUCGUUGAUUCAUUUGUGUCGCUGGGCUUGGACGAGAAUGACAGCAAGAAAUCGACAUUGGAGGUUUACCGGCAGUAUUUCCAGCGACCGUUCAUUAUCGCGACCAAAGCAUACUAUGAGAAUGAGUCCCGACAGUUCGUGGCAGAAAACAGCGUGGUGGAAUACAUGAAGAAGGCAGAGGCUCGUCUCGACGAGGAGAAGGCCCGUGUGGGUCUGUAUCUUCACCCGGAUGUCACCAAAAGCCUCACGGAUACUUGCCUGGAUGUUCUUGUCACGGCUCACUCUACCCUGCUUCGCGACGAGUUCCAACUUUUACUGGACAAUGAACGCCAGGAGGACCUUGCCCGGAUGUAUCGACUCUUGUCGCGCAUCAAGGAAGGCUUGGACCCAUUGCGCACCACUUUUGAGAACCACGUGAGAAGGGCCGGUUUGGCCGCCGUUGAGAAAGUCGCCUCUGAUGGCGAGAACUUCGAGCCCAAGCUUUACGUGGAUGCCCUGCUCCAGGUCCACACUCGGUAUCAGAACCUGGUCGACGACGCCUUCAACGGCGAGUCUGAGUUUGUGCGUUCUCUCGACAACGCUUGCCGGGAGUUUGUCAACCGCAACCGCAUCUGCAAGUCGACCACAACCAAGUCGCCCGAGCUGCUUGCCAAGUAUACCGACUCUCUACUCAAGAAGGGCUCUAAAGCUGCCGAGGAGUCCGAGCUCGAGGAGAUGCUGGUGCAAAUCAUGACUGUCUUCAAAUACAUUGAGGACAAGGACGUUUUUCAAAAGUUCUACUCAAAAAUGCUUGCAAAGCGACUGGUGCACGUCAGCUCGGUGUCUGACGAUGCGGAAACCUCUAUGAUCAGCAAGCUGAAGGAGGCUUGCGGUUUUGAAUACACCAAUAAGUUGCAGCGCAUGUUCCAGGACAUUCAGAUCUCAAAGGACCUCAACGCCAACUACAAGGACUAUCAAGAUAAAGUCCUGGACGAUGAUGACCGGAAGAGAAUGGUCGAUGCACACUUCCAGAUUCUAGGCACUGGAUUCUGGCCCCUCAAUCCGCCAACCACCAAUUUCACCGCGCCGCCAGAGAUCAACAAGACUGCCGAACGCUUUCAGAAGUUCUACUUUGACAAGCACAGCGGUCGGAAGUUGACAUGGCUGUGGCAGCUCUGUAAGGGUGAAGUCAAGGCCAACUACAUUAAGAACACCAAGGUGCCUUAUACAUUCCAAGUGUCGACCUUCCAAAUGGGCAUCUUGCUGCUUUUCAAUGAGACCGACACACUGGGUUAUUCUGAUAUCCUGAAGGCCACCAACCUUGCCCCCGAAAUCCUUGACCCCAACCUCAGCAUCCUCUUGAAGGCGAAGGUGCUCCUGUCGAGCCCCGAGGGCGCCAAGCCUGAACCCUCAACUUCGUUCACCUUGAACUACAAUUUCAAAAACAAGAAGGUCAAGGUCAACCUCAAUAUUCAGAUCAAGUCGGAGCAGAAGGUAGAAUCGGACGAUACUCACAAAACGAUAGAGGAGGAUCGGAAGCUGUUGCUCCAGUCUGCCAUCGUCCGCAUCAUGAAGUCCCGCAAGAAGAUGAAGCACGUCCAACUCGUGCAGGAAGUCAUCCAGCAGGUCAAGGCCCGCUUCCCACCCAAGGUUCCCGACAUUAAAAAGAACAUCGAAGCCCUCAUGGAGAAGGACUACAUCGAACGUCUAGAUGGGGACGAAAUUGCCUACAUUGCUUAA